CUGUGAUUUGGUUGAUGUUGCUGUCCCCACCGUCCAUUGCACCGUUGAUGAUCCACACGGGCGACCAUUUAAUGUCAACAGAAAUUGUGACUUCGUGACAUGGAUCCCGACGCGGCGACAACGCGUGACCCGCGCCUCGCCAGUCGCUCAGGCAGACCGCUCGCGAACCGACCCCUCUCCCUAGACACGCAACCUCUAGCCUCUCCUACUCGCUUCAAGCCCGACAUACUGCAGCAGCCCGGGAGCCUUUCACCGGUUGAUACCCAGAAUGCUCCCGAGCAAUUUUUACGCGGGAUCUCCGACUUGGUCCAGGCAGCGGUCAGCUAUGCCAGCAGCCAAUCGGAAAGAGAGAGGUUGCAGAAAAAGAGGGACACCACGGAAACCCUACUGAAGAAAGCCAAGGCUCACUCCAGCUUCCCAUCCACUGCAGCAUUCUUCUCCCAGUCCCAGCGAGAUGAAGAAGUUGAUUUGGUUCGUGUGGAUGACGCUCUUAGGCGUCAUGCAGCAAACUACAGAUCACUGGAGAAUGCCUUGAAGACGAAAAUCGGAUCGAUCAUGCAGAUGGAUACACUCAAGUCGGGCGACAAGAUGACUCAACUGCAGCAAGAUGUACAGGUGGCGAAACAAGGGCUGGCAUCCGCCAAAAUCGAUACCGAAAAGCUGAGGGACUACAACAUAACUCUAGAGAACAAGAUGCAACAACUUCAGCAAGGGACAGAUAAUAAGAUGAAACAGCUUCAUGACAAGAUGGCUCCGCUAGAAAGGACGUCAACAAAUCAUGCAAGCACGCUAAAUACACAUGCUAAACUCGUGAGAGAAAAUUCUGAACGUGUGGCAAAUAUGCGCUCGGAGCUGGAGACUGUGUCGAUAUCGCAAAAGGAGAGCGGGUCGGCAUCGUUCAAGAGACAUCUCGAUGAGCUAGAAUCUCGAAAUUCGGACCUGGAGCACAAGAUGGACCUUUUGCAGAAGUCCCAAAGGGAGUUCUCUGAAAGCUUUUAUAAAAUCAACCAGCUCAUGGACACCCAGAAAGCAGAAAACGUACGAGUUCUGGAAGCAUUCAACACACGCCUGGACUCAGUCGAGCAAAGAAGCCCCUUGUUUGUCCCUACCGCUGAGGAUACCACUCCUGGAUCGUCUGUCAUGUUGAAGAAACUGGAACCACGGCUACAAAAAUUGGAAACCGGGCAAUACAAACCCGAUCCGAUGUUAGGAAGCCGACUUCAAGAAUUGAAGGGUCAGUUUGAUAAAAUGAAAGAGAUCCAGGAAAUGAAAGACGAUCUUCACUGUACUCAGUUGGAAGAGCUCAAAAGCUCAAUGGAAACUGGCUCCAAUGAGUUGGACACAAUCAAGGACACCCUUGAGCGAAUCACGCAGGAGAUGAGUGUCUUGAGCGAAAAGCAAGGAAGGGAAAUUAUAUCCGGGUCUCACGGACAACAGAUUCUGGCACUUUCAAAUUGGCUACGUAAUACACAGCAUUUAUUUGAAUCUUUGAGAGUCGGCCUCCAUUCCCUCGAAGUGCGAUAUAACAAUCUCUCAACGGAAGCCAUGGCAAGAAACAUGCUUGCGGCCAUGCAAGAGAUGCAUCCUACAGCGCACUUAGCAGAUCAGGUGUCUGCGUUAAGAGGCCGCUUUGAAAAGGAGUUUGUCCCAUGGAAAGCGACGGCAGAACAUCUGCAGCAUGCUCAGCGGGAUCAAAUAGAGCAGAUGCAGAAGGAUAUGGCUUCGCGACAGGAAGAAUCGAACCGCUGGAAGAAGGAACAUACGAAUUUAUCGCAAUCUCUGGCACCUGUUUUGAAGCGACUUACUGCUCGGAGUCAAGACUGCUGGCUCACUCUAGAUGAUCUUCGCCCAAUGCAAACCGAAGUGAGCUCUUUAGCAACACGUUUAAAUGAGCAUACAACCAGGAUUGACAGUUUCCUGGUGGCGAAGAAAAAAGAAGAUGACUCCCUAUGCCGAAGCCUUCGUAGCGAGAGAGAAGGUCUGAAACGGAAAAUUGAAGCCCUAGCUGAUGAGCAAAAAGGACUUGUCAAACUGGCCUCUGAUGUUAAUAAAGACGAUAUGCCUUCUCAAGUUAAAGCGCUAUCUGUGGAGCUCAAGGGCCUGGCCAAAUUGUUUUCUGCUUUCGAGGAGGAUAACUUGCAUGCUCAAGUCAAAGAGCUAACCAAAGGGCAAGAUCAUCUGGCCAAACGGAUUUCCAGAAUCCCAAAUGACAACUUAAAUGUUCAAGUCAAGGCUCUGUAUGAGAAACAAGAAAGCUUUGCUCAGAAACUCGCCGAAGUUCAAGAUCUGCCCGGCAUGGUUAGAUCCUUGGAUGAAAAGCAAAAGGCUCUGGCUCAAAGUUCGCCCGCUGCACAAAUGAUCAGUAUGCGUGAUGGGAUCAAAGCGUUAACCAGCGAGCAAGCGAAUAUGUCGAAGAGAUUAAUAGAUGCCCAAGCUAUCUACCAAAACGGCCUGAAGGCAUUGAAGUCUUGCCCGGAUGAGCUUAGGUCGAUGCUUGAUCGUCUCUGUCAGGUGGAGGACACGUACCGGGACCUGCGCGAGAAGCUUAGUCUGAUUGAGGGGCCCCUGUCAAGCUAUACGACCUUGAGUGAAAGGUUCGAUAACCUGGUACAAACCUUGGAGUUUAGCGAGAUUGCGCCUCAAGCGGAGGCACCUCCUACACUAAGGGAGACUACCAAACCGUUGAAGCUCAAGGAAACCCCGCAAGAUGCAGAGGUCGCAAGGAUAUCAAGUAUAGCCGAAUCAAGCCCAGUGCGUGCUCUACAACAAAGGAAGAAAAAGCGACCACGUCCUUCAAAUUUGUCCGACGAAGACCGCUCUAGCCUUUCCCGUCCCGAAUCUCCCCGCUCCACCAUUACAGCUUCCCCAUAUGGGAGAGACACCACACCAAACACGGACAGAAAGAAGGUCAAAAAGAAAAAGAAACGGAGAUUGACAGAAGAACCAAUAACUAUUACCGACUAGGCAGUACAAAACCUGGGCUGCUAAAAAAUGGUAUACACGGGAAAACCUGUUUUUUUGAAGGCAUUGGUGCUACGAGGUUACGAAUGUUAUGAAUCCAUCGUCAGCCAAAAUUUUGGUUUCCGCUGGAUGUCCUAUUGAUACUAUCAUUAUCUGACUUCGCCCCUUCUUUUCGUGG